AUGGAACCCUAUGAUAUUCAAAAUGUAUUAGGGGAAAAAGUACAGACAGAUACAGAUAGUAAUGGUGAACAGGGAAUAGCUUCUGUAUCUAUUAGUACCAUUGAAAACGAAAACCAUAAAUAUGAGCAGUGCGAUAAAACAUUUACGAAAUAUGUAAAAGAAUUUGAUAAAGUUUUUCCAAAUUUGGAUGGAAAUAAUUAUACACAUUCAUGCAAAAAAUGUGAUGAGUUCCGUGUAUACAUAAAUAAUAUAGAACGUGAUUUAAAAGAAUGCAGUGAUAAGGAAAGAAUAUUAAUUGGUUUAUACCAAGACGAAAUAAAAAAAUGUAACGAAAGAUGUGCUAGAAAAUCAGAACGCUUUGGAAGUGCCUUAUCUCAUGUUGAAUCAACUGAUGAAUUAACUUCAGUAACAGAAAAACCCAGUAAAGUAAGCAAAAAUCAAAUAGAAUCGAAAAAAGAAGAUGUUUUAGCACAUUCAGAAUUUCUCCCCCAAACACCUGAAACAGUGGCAUUAGAAACAGGAAAAACUCAAGAUGAAACUUCAAAUAAGUCUUUAAGAGAAACAGAACUCCAACAACACGAUGUUUCAUCGUCCCAACAUGUUGUAAAACCUACUUCUGAUUCUACUGAAAAUGAAGAUAGAGUACCUGAAUCACCAGAAGAUAGUCAUCCCAAUGCACCUGAACAAAUGAAAUCAACAGAACAGUCUUUAUGUGUCUCAGACAAUUCUUUAAAAGGAGAACCACGUGGUAGUAACUGUCCUCAAGUAAGAAUAUCUACACAGUUACAUGAUUCAGGUGAAGAAUUACAUGUAAAUCCUUUAGAUAAUAUCCCUUAUUUGCGAAACAGUGAUUGUGCAACAGUUGAACACAAAGAAGAUCCCUUAAGGGCACACAUUGUUGAAGGUUCUGUUCCAUGUAGCACUCAUCAAGGAAACGCAAAUGAAUUAGGAGCUAGUAAAAGGGAUAUUGGUAGUGUAUAUACGACUAUAACAUAUAAUGACAGAACCCAUGUUGGUAUAACAGUUUCGAACCAUGGAACUUCUAGUGAUAUGCCCACUAUUUAUGUAUCUUUAGGUAAAGAAACUACACAAGUUGGAGGAUCUCGUAAUGCAACACAAGAAGGGUUGCUACCUGGGUCGAAGAACUCUUAUAGUUCUUCCAUAUCUUCUGGUACCCAUAAUCAAAUCACUAAUGUUGUUGCAAGUACACCUAUUAUAAAUGGUUCUUAUGGAACAAGUACAGUAGAAAAAGUAAGUGAAUUGAGUAGAAAUAGUGCUACACAGCAUAAUGGUACCACUGGAGAAGGUAUUGUUCUAGAUGGAUCGGAUGAUGAACAGGGAAUACCAUAUAAAAAUUAUAUGAUUAUGAUUUUAGUUCCCUUGACAAUUAUUUUGAUAAUGACACUUCUUGUAAAGUUCACACCAUUGGGGAUGCUUUUUACUAAGAAAAAAAGGAAGAAACGAAAACACAUGAAUGAAAAACUACAGAAGGUACUAUUAGAUCGUACACCUGCAACAGAAACACGUGUUCAUUUGGCAUAUAGCUAUUUGUAA